GACUACAUUUCUGCUAACUGUUGAGUCUCAACAUCGCGGAGGAUUGGUGAAAUAAUGGUGUUGGGCUUCUUCAAGCAAACGGCCGACUUUGUGACCGACUCGGUUACAAGUCCUCAAACCCAGCGACCUUUUUUGGCUGUUGCAGGGACUUCAAUUACGUUAGGUUUGGCUCUCGGCGCAAUAUGGGCAUUUGAAAGGUCUCCACCAAAGAUCAUCCCAUCACCUUUGAAGGCUGUUCAAUCUGCAGCACUGAACAAGGAUGGAGAAUUGCCAGUGCUUCCUUUAGAUGUUUUGCCUGGCGCCCGCGAUGUCUCUACGCCUUAUGGCUCGAUCCGAGUGUACGAAUGGGGCCCAGAGGAUGGACACAAGGUCCUCCUUGUUCAUGGGAUCUCCACCCCAUGCGUCUCGCUGGGAGGCCUAGCUCAUUCUUUGGUUGACAGGGGAUGUCGGGUGAUGACUUUCGAUCUCUUUGGAAGAGGGUUUUCUGAUACCCCCGGUGAUAUUCCUCAAGAUGACCGACUGUUUUCUACCCAGAUUCUCCUAGCUCUUGCUUCAUCGCCUCUAUCGUGGACUGGUUCUUCAUCCGGCAAAUUCUCUCUCAUUGGUUAUUCACUCGGCGGCGGUAUUACUGCCGCCUUCGCUUCGCAUUUCCACGACUUGCUUUCGUCUCUGGUUCUUCUUGCACCGGCAGGCUUGAUGCGCGAAUCUCACGUUGGCUGGCAGACUCGUCUUCUGAAUGCUAAGGGCUUGCUCCCGGAGAGCGUCAUUAGCAGCCUUGUCAAAGGACGACUGAAAGCUGGUCCGCUGGUCAAGCCGAAGAAGGACAAUGGCUCGCAGAAUGAGACCGUUGGUGUUGAAGCUGCCCUUACCGAAGAACUUACUGCUUCUCCGCAACAAGUGCUUUCCCGAACUUACCCGUCGCUCAAGACUGCAGAAGCCGUGGCUUGGCAGAUAGAGAAUCACGACGGAUUUAUUCCAGCAUUUAUUUCCAGUAUGAGGCAUGGCCCAAUCUUGCAGAAAUCACAGCUAGAUAACUGGAAGAGGCUGGGCAGUUUCCUUUCUCAACGCAAACGAGAAGGCGCUGGCACCGGUCUUGCCCAUGACAAGGUCUUAGUUGUACUAGGAGAAACCGACAAUGUCAUUUUCAAAGACGAUACCGUCGAGGACGUGACACAUGCGCUGGAAGGGAACGCACAAAUUACAUAUUUCGACAUUGGACACGAGUUCCCAAGCGUCAAAUAUGAAGAGCUGGCCACCCAGCUCAUUGAGUUUUGGAAAUAGAUAACCAUAUAGAUUGUGUGGAUUUUUGGGUUAACUCGACUUUAUGUACGCUUUCCGAUACAUAUCAAUUAUACAAAUGUUUUUUGAGCCUUUCAUGACCCAUGCAUACUUCAUCAGAAAUGAACUCUCCCAUGAAUUCAAUAGGUCGUGCUUCAAGUGACACCAUCAACCUUCGAUCUCCUACCUCAUCAACUUCUCAAUAUCGGCAAUUUGUUCCUCCAAACGGGUCCCGUGGAGUUCGCGGUCUGAAAUCCGCACCGGGAGAU